GGGAGACGGAGGGCGCGGGGCCGCGGGGGCCGCGGAGCUGCCCUGCCGAGCCUAGCCGAGCCAAGGAGGCGGCCCGGAGGCACCCCAGAGAAGCGGGGCCAGAAGGCCUGGCCCCAGCGCCCGGCGAAGCGUGGCAGUCACCGGGGAGGGCCGAGGCCAGCAGCUCCGGGGCCAGCCACCAUGUCCUCCACAGUAAACAACGGGGCGGCCAGCAUGCCCUCCCCGCCCGACGCGGCGAACGGCUUCCCGCAACCGGGCGCCUCGUCGGGGGCCUGGCCGCGGGCAGAGGAGGAGCUGCGAGCCGCGGAGCCGGGACUGGUGAAGCGCGCACACCGCGAGAUCCUGGACCACGAGCGCAAGCGGCGCGUGGAGCUUAAGUGCAUGGAGCUGCAGGAGAUGAUGGAGGAGCAGGGGUACUCAGAGGAGGAGACCCGGCAGAAGGUCAGGACCUUCCGGCAGAUGCUGAUGGAGAAGGAGGGAAUGCUCAUCAGGGAGGACCGGCCUGGGGGCCACAUCGUGGCGGAGACCCCGCGUCUGAUCGAGGGCGCCGAGCCGGGCCUGGAGUACGCGCCCUUCGACGAGGACGACGGUCCAGUGGACUGCGACUGCCCGGCCGCCUGCUACCGCGGGCACCGGGGGUACAGGACCAAGCACUGGUCCAGCAGCUCGGCGUCGCCCCCUCCCAAGAAGAAGAAGAAAAAGAAAGGCGGCCACAGGAGAAGCCGCAAAAAGAGGAGACUAGACUCCGAGUGCAGCUGUGGGAGCUCCUCACCCCUGCGCAAGAAGAAGAAGAGUGUGAAGAAACACCGCCGAGACAGGUCUGAUUCUGGGUCCCGGAGGAAGAGACGGCACAGAUCUCGAAGCCCCAAGAGCAAAAGAAAAGAAAAGAACAAAGAGAGGAAGAGGCCACAUGUAGAGUCCCCUGGCCGGAGGUCCCAUCGCCACAGCAGCGGCAGCUCCCACAGCCCCUCACUCUCCUCCCACUACAGUGAUUCCAGAUCACCCAGCAGGCUGAGCCCCAAGCACCGAGACGACGGGCGGAAGACGGGCAGCCAGCGGUCCAGCGGGAGCCGGUCGCCUUCCCCGUCCGGCGGCAGCGGAUGGGGGUCGCCCCAGCAGAAUGGCGGCAGCAGGCAGCGGAGCGGAGCGCACGGGGGCCGCCCGGGCUCGGCGCACAGCCCGCUCGAUAAGCCCAGCUCGCCCUCGCCCAGGGCCCGCGACCAGGCGGAGGCCGGCGCAGCCACGCCGCCCGCGCAAGGGAAGGAGAGCCCGAGCCCGCGCUCGGCGCCGUCGUCGCAGGGCAGAGGAGGCCGCGCAGCGGGCGGGGCGGCCAGGCGGCGACGGCGGCGGCGGCGACGGCGGCGGCGCUCGCGGUCCUCGGCGUCCGCGCCCCGCCGCAGGGGCCGCCGGCGCGUCCGGCCCGCGCCGCCCCGGGGCUCGUCGCGCUCGCUCAGCAGGGCCCGCUCCAGCAGCGACUCGGGCGGCGGCGCCCCCGGCCCCGGGCCCGAGCCCAGCUCCGAGCGAGGCCACGGCGGACAUGGGAAACGGGCCAAGGAGCGGCCCCCGCGCGCCCGGCUUGCCAGCACCUCCCCGUCCCCGGGCGCGCACGGCAGGCACGGCGGCCCGGAGGGGAAGAGCUCGUCGCGCAGCCCGGGCCCACACCCGCGCUCGUGGAGCUCCAGCCGCUCGCCUUCCAAAUCCCGCUCGCGCUCAGCGGAGAAAAGGACCCGCAGCCCCAGCCGCUCGCCGUCGCCCAAGAAAACCGUGGGCCGGGACAAGGACGGCGAGGGCCGCGCGAGGCACGCCGAGGCCGAGGCUGCCCGCGCCCGGCGCCGCUCCCGCAGCUACUCGCCCAUCCGCAAGCGGCGCCGGGACUCGCCCAGCUUCAUGGAGCCACGGCGCAUCACCAGUGCCCGAAAGCGUCCCAUCCCCUACUACCGGCCCAGCCCCUCAUCCUCCUCCAGCUGCCUGAGCAGUGACUACUCAAGCCGGAGCCCCAGCCGCAGCCCCAGCCCCGGCCACAGCCACGGAAGCUACAGCAGCCGCAGUCGGACCCGCAGCCGCACGCGCAGCCCCUCUCGGACCCCCAGUCCCAGCUACCACAGCCGGAGUAGCUCAGAGAGUGGGGGCUUCUGAGCCCAGCAGACCCAGCUUCAUGCUCUCAACACAGGGAGCAGCAAGGGGUCAGGCCCCAGGGCCCGUGGGGGGCCUGCACCCCACUGCUACAAAGAGGUCCUGGGGCCAGAGAAGACCUUGGGGAUGGAUGCCCUGCAGACAUGGAGGGACUGGAUUCUGCUGCUUCUAGAGGGUCCCCACCCCCACCUCCUGCCUAACCACCAUGUCCAGGGAACAAAGAGCCGUUCUGAACACAGGGAUCACCCUGCCCUCCUUCCUGCUUGAUGCCAGCUCACCAGGCUGGGGACCUCAGCUCAGUGGACCCAAGGAUCCUUUGAAGGUGCCAGACCUAGGAGCCUCCCCUGCCACUCCAGAAGACCCUCAGCUCUUAUCUGUCACCGGGUGGACAUGGAGGUGGGACAGCAAGCAGGAGCUAAGUCAGACAGAAGGAAGGAUGGCCUAACCCCUGGCACACACCAUCCAGGCUGGGGAACUACUCCCUUCUGAGCUGGCAGCAGGAGGACCCUGGCUGAGGGCUGAAGGCUGGCCCCACAGCCUCCCCAAAGCCCUCCCCUAGCCCAGGAGUGCCCAGACUCAGUGGGCCCCUAAGCCUCAGCUUGAGGGUCUGGGAGCUCACCCAUGGUCCCACCUAUCCAAGCCAGGCUUUCCCCUCCUCACCGCAUGCCCUGGGUCAAGGCCAUGCCAGCAGGCCUUCUGCAUGACAAGAGGGGGGACAUACAGACCACAACAGCAUCUGACCCUGAGAUCAAAAGGGGUUGGGGUCAGGAAGUGGAAGAGAGAAGGAGUAGGUGGAAGAGGAGCCUGUGAGGGGGCAAAGCAAUGCAGUCAAUGACUGAGAGGGCCUCAGUGUCCCAGUGUGCCCAGUGGCUGGGACAUGGGCCAGAUGGCAGCAGGCAGAGGAGAGCAUGUGCUUCCGGGCCUGCACAAAGGAGCAGGAGGCCCAAGGCAGUACUUCCUCCUCUCCCAGAGAGGGGUGCUACAGCUCUUUGAAGAAAGGGUAGUAUCUAGACUGAGGCCCUUGGCCUGGGUUAAGGAUGGGGAAGCAGUGGUCCCCAGCCCUCUUCUGCUGCUCCCAGCCCCCUCCUCCUGGGGCCCUCAGGGAUCUCAUGAAGUCUUCCUUGGCCCGACAGGGCAGAUACCCUGGGCUCCGGUUGGGGGAGGGGUCUGGGGUCUGAUCCGGGUUCCUCCCUCUCAAUUUCCCCCUCCUCCGCGGUGCGGAUAAAAAUUGGACUCUAAUAAAACACUUGGUGCCCGGACG